CUAAUUGCUCGCUAUAAGCUAGGUUAUUGCGCCCCUAAACCACCGUACUGACAACGCUACCUCCCCGGAACUCAAACUUUAACAGAGAGAAGUGAGAUGGACCCAUCAUACUGGGUUACUGACGAGCCAAAGGAAAAAUCAAGAAAGGGAGCAACGGUGAGCAAAGAAGGAGCCAAGAAGCUUCAGGCCAGGGAAGAAAAGAAGUCGUCGGCGAGGUUAGAAACCAAAUCAGUAGGAAGAGAAGAGAAUAAGACAUUGGCAACUGAGGAAAAGAAAACACUGACUGGAAAGGAAGGGAAGAACACUUUUGCAAAAGCGGAAACAAAAUCACCCGAAAGGGUUCAACUCCCGGUUGAAAAUAAAGUUACUGUGAAGGAGGAAAGGAAAGCAGCUGUGAAAGUGUUAGAUGCGUCUUAUUGGGUGUCUGGGGAUUCAGACACAACUAAUUCCACACAGCCGACAGUUGCAAAAAAACUCAUUUGUGAAAGUGUAAAUGACACUGUCGAUCGUGCAGAUUUGCCUGAAUCUGCUCCGCCAAAAGCUGUAGAUUCAAACUCGGACACUGUCACAUCUAUUAUUCAAAAAACAUCUGCAGUCAUAACGCCAAAAGGAGCAACACAUUCAAAAUCAAGAACGAACGAAGUGUAUAACAUUGUUAAAAUGGAGCGAGAUAAUCAAAUGUCUGGACCCAGUCUCGAUGAGAAUCAACUUAAAACAUUUGAAAAAUAUCGUAACUCUUAUGAAAGUGACCAUGAAUGGAACCUGCGUAAAGCAUUUAUCGUGGCCCAUCACAACCAACUGCCAGAAAAUCAGUUGAUUUGUUUAGCAAAUUGUUUCAUUAAUUCUGAUAUAUAUGGUGCAACGUAUCCCCCCGCUGUUAUGAAGAGGUUGUGUAUUUUGAAAGAGGAUCUUGGCGGGAUCGUUGUAGAGUUGGAAGAGAGGAACCGCGCCAUGCAGCAGGCGAAGGAAGUCAAGUUUGUAAAAGCUUCGGAUUCAGAGCACACGGAGAAAUGUUCAGGCAGUGACCAUGGCCACCCCUCCCACCAUCAUUUCCAUCAUAGUUUGCAGCACUCACCUCAUCACCACCAUCACUCGUCUCAUUCUGACCAUAAAUGCAGCUCCUCGGAGUCCUCGUCAUCAGCGCAUAACCAAAAACAUGAACAUGCUGAAUCUGAAAAGCUUGGCAGUUUUGAACAAGCUCUAUUGUCUGGCUCAAAUCCUCUAAAGCGUAAGCGGACAAUGUCUGCCUCGGACCAUGAUUCAAAGCCAAAAGUGAUGACUUUCCUUAAAUCAGACGCGGCCUACAGUAGUACAGACAACGUCAACCAGCCGAGUGCAUCACUAGGGGCCCCACCAGAACAUUCAAGUGGCUACAAAGCUGCCAUGAAAAACUUUGAAACUGCUGUCGGGAAACAUGUGCAACCUCAUGGGGAGAUGGAUGUGAAAUAUGCUGGGUUGCGUACAAAGAUCUUAGAGAUGAUCGAACAGAAGGUUAAACGGAACAAUUCAAUUGAAUUUAUUCAGUACUGUUUAGAUAAGGUUAAGAUGGUACCAAUGACCCUGUUUGUUCCGGUAGUUGGUGGGCAGCAUUGUGAAUUGCAAAUAGAUUCCAUUGUUGUUGCGACAGGGGAAGGAACAAAAAAGAAGAUUGCGAAGCAUAAUGCUUGGGAUAAUGCACUUGAGAAGCUGAAGAAGCCAUAUUUUCAAAUCGUUAGCAUCAACCCAGAGAAAAAAGAGCUUCAGGCAUCUGAUACUCCGUUUGGUAAUGUACCUGAAGUCAUCGCCGCUGAGACUCCUGCUGUUUUGACCAAGUGUGGUUUGGAAGAAGUCGCAACUCGUGGUAUGAAGCGUUUGCACCCAGAUAUGAACGUCUUGCAAAAUUUCAUCAUCAUUGAACCAAUGAAGCCAAAAUUUAACACUAUAACAGCUCUGGCCACUGUCAGCUGUAGUGCCGCUUUCAGUAAAAUGAAACUGGUGUUUGAUCAUCGGGAGCAUAAUGGGGAGCACUGGUGCCGUGUUCUGCUCGAGCAUGAGGUGUUGUCCGAUAUGCCAGGACCAACCAGCAAGGACGCAAAAAAUGCAGCCGCAGAGAAAGCAUUGGAGAAAUUGCGACAGUACUGCUAUACAAUCAAGACGAAGAAAAACGAAGACACUGAGGAAUCUGCAUUGUCCAGAGAGGAGGUACUGGGUGAAAUUGCUAAAUCGGAAGAAAAAAUCGAUUCUGGUAUUGGGAACAAACUUCUCAAGAUGAUGGGUUGGAGUGGUGGAGGCAUUGGUAAAAAGGGGACAGGAAUUGAAGAACCCGUAAAAGCGGAUGCGGGUGUGAUCAAUCGCCAGGGACUUGGCCUAUCGAAAGAACAAGGGAUAACGCAAAGUUUUAUCAAAUGUGUCCGUGACGUUAUCAGUGACUAUGCAAAAUCAGGGCGUCAGGACGAUAUGAAAUUCUCACCUAGCUUCUCGAAUGAAGAGCGGGCUGUCAUUCAUAAGGAGUGUCGUAAAUAUGGUCUGAAAACCCGCAGCCAUGGUAGACGUAAUGAUGAUCGGUAUCUGGUGGUUUCGCGGAAGCGUACCGCGAAUGAAUUGAUCAGCCAUAUCAUGGACAGUGGUGGAUCAACAAGUAAAUAUGAACUGAUUCCGCCUGGGUCUCACCAACCAGACAUGGAUCCUGAUGAAACUUGGUAGAUGUGGGAGCCUAAUGUACCUAAGUAAUUGAUUGGUGAAGGUACACCUCGGUGAAUGUACACCUCGGUGAAUGUACACCUCGUUGAAUGGCAUUCUUUGUCCUUCGAAUGAGACGUGAAACCAAGGUUUCUUGUAACUUUUGCCUCUGCCGGGGCAAGCAAAAGACGUCACCUAGUGAGAGUUAAAUCGAUUUUCAGUCUUCAUUAGUAUAGUAGCUUUAGUACUAUGUAUACCAUUAAGAUUUUUAAAAUGUAUGCUGGUUUCACAGGUUUCUGAUUGAGGGAGGACAUGUCGCCACCCUGAGACUUGAAAAAUGGCCAAAUGAUGGGGUCGGUUGGACACACUGUAUGUUAACUACAGUUUCCAAAUGUUAUUCCAGUAGUGUGGCAUGCACUGUAACCAUUUAGUUGUUGGUUGAGCAUAGGCAUCACCAAUUUGUAAAAGUAAACCCAGCCUUACCGGCUCCAGAGGUCACAAGAGGGAAUGACAGAUCUGGAAAGAUAAUUUCUCCUGAUGAUUUCAGAAGUGCAUCAGUUUAUUUGUUGCAUGCUUAUUGUACAUGAUUUUGUUAAUAUGCGGCACAGCAAGUCCACUGGACACCAUUUUCUUCUCAAUGUCACUAUGACCAUGUAAUAAAUCA